UGUUAUCCAUUUGAUAAACGUCAUAGGUUUUAUAUCCUCUUCAUCACCUUAUUAUUGAAUUAGUAUGAGCAAUUAACCCGUCCAAUUAGAAGGCACCGCUCGGAUAUCGGAUUAGGAUUAUUGGCCAUAUCAUUUUAAUAAGUUGCUUAAUUUAUGUGAGAUACUUGGAAUGCUAAAUAUCCUUUUAUUGCCUUAGUCGGAUCGAAAAUGAUUCUCAGGUCAUUAUUUACCUUAGUGGCAAAACCUUGUUUCAUUCACCCAACUCAUAUGCAACACUUGUAAUGUAUAAAAAAAUCUGUAAGUAACAUGAACACUGGGAAAAUAUUGAAAUCCAUUGUUUGGGUGGUUCUGAUUCUUGGCGAAGUGAUUGCAGGAGAAACUCCAUUGGAUGACUACUAUUGUCAAAAUGAAGGCUUGUUCUUGGACCCGAGUGGGGACCUGUGUCAUGAUUACUACCAAUGCAUAAAUCUACUGGACACCUGGUUCUAUGUCCUUGGCUCAUGCGAAAACGACACGGUCCUCGACCUGACAGAAAAUCAAUGUUCUUUUGGACAAUGCGAACCCAAUGACUGGAAGACAACACGUGUUACAGAACAAGACACCACCACGCCUGCCCUAAAUUUCCCAACUGAAGAAGAAACGAACACAAGAUAUGCUUCGACAAUUACUACAAGACCAACCACAACUACCUCCACAACAACAACGCUGACUACAACUACAACCACGCCCGAAAUAACUACGCCGACGCCGACUACAACCACGCCCGAAAUAACUACGCCGACGCCGACUACAACCACGCCCGAAAUAACUACGCCGACGCCGACUACAACCACGCCCGAAAUAACUACGCCGACGCUGACUACAACUACAACCACGCCCGAAACAACUACGCCGACGCCGACUACAACCACGCCCGAAAUAACUACGCCGACGCCGACUACAACCACGCCCGAAAUAACUACGCCGACGCCGACUACAACCACGCCCGAAAUAACUACGCCGACGCUGACUACAACUACAACCACGCCCGAAACAACUACGCCGACGCCGACUACAACUGCCCCCACAACAACUACGCCUACCACAACUACAACUACCCCCACAACAACUACGCCUACCACAACUACAACUACCCCUACAACAACUACAACUACCCCCACAACAACUACAACUACCCCCACAACUACUACGCCUACCACAACUACAACUACCCCUACAACAACUACAACUACUACUACGCCUACCACAACUACAACUACUCCCACAACAACUACGCCUACCACAACUACAACUACGCCUACCACAACUACAACUACGCCUACCACAACUACAACUACGCCUACCACAACUACAACUACAACUACCCCUACAACAACUACGCCUACCACAACUACAACCACACCCAGAACAACUACGCAGACCACAACUACAACCACACCCAGAACAACUACGCCGACCACAACAACAACUACACCAACCACAACUACUAAACGAACCACAACUACGAAACCAACUACAACAACUACAAGAACCACAACUACGAAACCAACUACAACAACUACAAGAACCACAACUACGAAACCAACUACAACUACUAAGCGAAUCACAACAACUACGAAACCAACUACAACUACUAAGCGAAUCACAACAACUACGAAACCAACUACAACCACUAGAAGAACCACAACUACGAAACCAACUACAACCACUAAACGAACCACAACUGCGAAACCAACUACAACAACCAAAACGACAACUAAACUUACUACAGCAACUACCCCACGGUCAACGGAGUUCUCGUGCAAUUCUGCUGGCUACUUUGGCGAUCCUUCCAACUGUGGAAUUUAUCACGCAUGUAUCGAAAAUUGGGGAAGCUGGGUUCAUUAUAUAAUGCCAUGUCCGGAAAGUCUAGUUUAUUGCACAGGACGCGAAACAAGCUCUGGUGGCUACUGUGGUUAUCUUUCCGAUUGUCCAUGGAUUCCUUGUUUGCAAAAGUGAAUAGUACAUGCACGCUGUUUCAACACUUAACAAAGUUCACAAACAAAAAUUCUAAACAGCAAAUUUGUAUUUCUCGUUUAAUGUUAAUUUAUUAUUAUGUAUGAUAAUUGUUUAACAUAAUUGUCAUAAUCAGUGCAUUAAAUUAAUGAAUAAGAACCCGAUAUAAAUUUUAGUUGAAAA